ACCCAUUGGACCCUCUCCUCCAGUUCGAAUACAAAUUCGUAUACUCUAAAAGUGACAGCCGUUUCUUUUCCUAUUUCAAUUUUCUUCUUCUUCAUUAUACUUUUACCAUCUGAGGUAUCAACAUAUAUCAGGCAGCACCGUAGUCGUCGCACGCACGGUUGCUUACAUCCAAAUCGUUUCAUCAAACCAAAUAACACGACGCCAGACCAAACUUCUUCCAUUGCACAAGCAUCAAAUCCUCAUCUCUUGGCUGCGGUGUACCCAACAACUUAGAAAUGGACGACCCUUUUGGGGCUGUCUCUUACGCUGCGCCAGCACUCGUUGGUAUUCUUACCAUUCCUCCAGUAUGGAGAUUUGCCAAGCUCAUUCGACGUGGGAAGCCAGCCAAACUAGAUCGUGAUGCUAUUUACGAAGAUAAAGAUGGCGCUGCUACCGCGGAUUCCAUGAAAAACUAUUCAACAACGAAGCAGUUCACUGCCGUUUUUGUUGCCUGCGCACUGGGUCUCGCGGCUGCAUUGGCACUCGUCGUUGUCGCCACCGUUUAUCAUCUUCCUGAUAUUACACGUAUUUGGUUGUUAUUUUGGUCUUGGGUUCUUGCGCUUCUUCAGGUCUUUGAUACAUUCCGAGAGUCCCGGGUCGUGGAGAGAUCACGGAGAGGUAUCUUCAACUCGAUCUCAUUUGGCCUCAUUGCGAUCCUGGCUGCCAUUCUUCUUUCGGAGCAAGAAUUUAGUGGAAAACGUGAGGUUGCGUUGGCAGUCACGCUCCUUGUCCAGAUAACUGCUGCUCUUACGAUCAUCGUUGCAUUUGGCCUCAUCGAUCUCCGGCCAGAUGUCUUCACCCCCACCGGAAAACUUGUGGAGCGCCAACUUACUAGCUCUUUCUGGACGAGAUAUUCUUAUAAUUGGAGUUCGGAUCUUCUGGAUCUCGCUGCGACUAAACUGAUUGAGCUGGAAGAUCUUCCUGCCAUGGAUGCUAAUGUCAGAGCCACCGAUGCCAAGAAGGCCUUCCAAUCGAUUGUUCUGAAGCCGAGCGUUUCAUUGUGGCUACGAAUAUUUUGGGCUUACCGACGGCAAAUCGCGUUUCAAUGGUUCAUCGUUAUUGCCUCAUCCAUUGUAGAUGCAGGGCCUCCACUGGCGAUGUAUCAGCUUUUGAAAUAUCUCGAAGCCCGAACAGAAUUCACACCCAUAGAUCCACGUGCCUGGCUUUGUGUUGGAGCGCUCCUGGUGGCUACCCUCCUGGAAACUUGCUUUGACUAUCGCGUGAACUGGCUGAUGUGGUCCGAACUCGGUGUUCCCAUACGAGCCUCACUGACAGCUCUUAUUUACGAGAAGAUGAUGAAAAUCAAGGAUUGCAAAGAGCCGCCUAAAGUUGAAAUUGAAAAGACUGGUGACAAGAAAGACACCAACGGUCACACGAAGAAGCCUGACUCUGCACCCAGCCCAUCCGGCAGAGCUAAGAAAGACGGGGGACCAAAGAAAUCGGAGGACCAAAACCAGCAAGACAUAAUCAAUAUGUUCGCCGUUGAUGCGAAUUCGGUCGGCGUUUUUGGAGCCAUCAACCAAUUUUACGUCAGUUUUGCAUCGAGCUUCGUCGUUUCAAUUGUCUUCCUUUGGCUGCUCGUUGGCUGGGAGAGCUUGGCUGCUGGAAUGUUCGCGAUCAUUCUUGCCUUUCCAUUCAACAAAAUCUUUGCAAGUCGUUAUGGCUUUCUCCAGAAGGAACUGAUGAAAUCACGAGACAAGAAAACGAAAGUCAUCUCCGAGGCUCUUCAAGGUAUCAGACAGAUCAAAUUCUCGGCCCUCGAGUCUGAAUGGUCCGGAAAGAUCAACAAUGUUCGAGAUGAUGAGCUUAAACUGCUCUGGCAGACGAAGCUGAUCAGUCUUUACAUGUCACUCUGUGGGAAUAUCGCACCAGUAUUUCUGACCGUCUUCGCAUUGGCAACUUAUGCUUACAUCUACGGGAACUUGCUCCCAUCGGUUGCAUUCACAGCACUAGGCGUAUUCAUACAGCUCGAAGGCGUUCUUAAGAUGGUACCGUUCCUGUUCAUGAUGGGCAGUAACGCCAAGGUCUCUUGCGAUCGAAUUGACACCUUUCUGCGUUCACCUGAGAAGCCCCAGAAUAUCUAUCCAGGAGACUGUAUUAAUUUUGAUAAAGUCUCCGUCAGCUUCCCUUCCAAGUCAGAAACGCUGCAUGAAGUUGCCGAAGAUGAGGACGCAGAAGCUCAAGAGACGCGAGCGAAUAGGUUCAUACUCCGAGACGUGACAUUAAAGUUUCCCAACAAUGUUCUUAGCCUGAUUCUUGGUCCCACUGGCUCUGGUAAAUCUCUUUUACUGGCUGCCAUCCUAGGUGAGGUGGACGUGUUGGAAGGAAACAUUACUGCCCCUCAUCCACCGCCAGCGGACCAGCGAUUCGACAGCAAGGCCACUGCCGCCGAUUGGAUCAUUCCAGCUGCUGUCGCAUAUGUUGCUCAAACACCCUGGAUUGAAAAUGCGACGAUCAAAGCCAAUAUCCUGUUUGGACUUCCAUUCGAUGAGAUUCGGUACAACAAAGUCUUGAAAGCAUGUGCCCUUGCAAAAGACCUCGAGCUCUUCGAUGAUGGUGAUUUGACAGAGGUUGGAGCUCAAGGAAUUUCACUCAGUGGCGGACAGAAAUGGCGACUGACGUUAGCACGAGCUUUGUAUUCUCGUGCAGGAAUCCUCAUACUUGAUGAUGUAUUCUCGGCUCUUGAUGCGCAUGUGGGGAAGCAAAUUUACGACAAUGCUCUUAAUGGGGAACUUGCUGAAGGCAGGACUCGCAUUCUUGCCACUCACCAUGCUUCACUGUGUCUACCCCGUGCUGAAUAUGCAGUGUGUCUUUCUGCAGCUGGAACGUUGGAGCAUGCUGGACACGUUCGUGAUCUAAAAGGGAACCCGGAUUUUGAAGAAAUCCUAAAGGCUGCUGAAGCAGAGAUCGGCCGCAAUGAUCAGGGUCCAUUGGAAAGUGCAGUUACUGAUAUCGCAAAUAAUGGUUCUCCUACGAAGCCCAACAAAUCGCCCCCAAAGAAACUGGUCGAAGACGAAAAGCGUGAAACUGGAAGUGUGAAGCGAAGCGUCUAUGUCGCAUAUCUCAAAGCCACUGGAGGCAUUCCAUUCUGGGGUUUCGUCUUCAUGUUCUUUGUAGUCGCCCAAGGCCUUACUCUCGGCAGGUCAUGGUGGAUCAAGAUAUGGACGUCGAGCUACGAGCACAUACAAGAAGGCACGACUACAUAUUUGUAUUCUACUCAAACGCCAAUUGGAGGCAUGAAUGCUUUUUCGUUACCGGCUAGUCAAAUAUUGGGCAACGAACCGGUAUUUGGCAAUUUGGACUUUCUCUCAUCAUUUCCAGUAACCGAUUUGAUGGCCAUAACUCCGGCUGCUAUUAUAUUGGGAAAUCCUAACUCCCCUCCAGUGGCGAGCAAUGCAAUGCAUUCCGUGAUACCCAAAACAUCAAAGGUGUCUGCACAAUCUUUUCCUAUAGAUGUGAAGGACCGUACUAUUGGAUUUUAUUUACUUGGCUACAUUAUCAUAUCACUCGUUUCUACAAUGGUUGAUCUCGGCCGUCUAUUCGUUAUCUACAGAGGUUCAUUGCGAGCAUCUAGAACCGUCUUCCGGGAUAUGACUGACAAAGUACUGCGUACCCCACUCAGGUGGCUCGACACUGUGCCAACAGGGCGAAUCUUGAAUCGAUUUACAGCGGAUUUCCAGUCAGUUGACUCACAGCUCUCCUCAAAUUUUGCUCAAGUUGGCUCGUCGUUUCUUUCGAUCGCUGGCAUUAUGGUCGCAGCAUUCAUUGUCUCUCCAUACAUCAUUCUUCUUGCUCUUGUCCUUCUAGCGAUUUGUGCUCGCAUUGCGCUUCGCUAUAUCCGAGGUGCCCGUUCCAUCAAACGCCUGGAGUCUAUCCAAAAGUCCCCUAUGAUAUCGCACUUCACUGCAUCCCUUCAAGGCCUCAGCACCAUCCGCGCUUUCGCAAACACGGAAGCGUUUGAAUCACGUAUGAACAACCUCAUUGAUUCGUUCACAUCUGCAACAUGGCAUAACUGGCUGUUCAAUACCUGGGUUGGUUUUCGAAUGGCAAUGACCGGAUCUGUAUUUUCGACACUUGUUGCAGCAUUUGUUGUAUCAACUUCUGGCAUCGACGCGGCACUUGGCGGGUUUGCCUUGGCGUUUGCUAUGAACUAUCGACGGACUGUCAACGUGACGUUGAGACUCGUUGCUGCAACGGAGCUUGACAUGAAUGCAGCUGAAAGAAUCUUCGAAUAUUCGAAUCUUAACGUUGAGGAUCAUGGUGGAAUGGCAGUUAGAGCAUCAUGGCCUGAGAAGGGCGGGUUGGAAGUCAAGGACUUGGAGGUUGGAUAUGCGGAGGGUCUGCCUAACAUCCUCAAAGGUCUAACGUUCCACGCGGAAUCGAACCAACGAAUUGGGGUUGUAGGACGCACCGGUGCUGGAAAAUCCACACUAUCGCUCGCAUUGUUUCGAUUUCUGGAGGCCCGCGCUGGCACUAUCGUUAUAGAUGGAGUCGACAUCUCAAAGGUCAAGCUGCAUGAUCUCCGUACCCGACUGGCAAUCAUUCCUCAAGACCCUGUGCUGUUCUCUGGCACUAUUCGGUCCAACCUUGACCCAUUUGACGAGUUCUCUGACGUGCAACUGAAGCAAGCUUUGCAACGAGUCCAUCUCAUUCCAUCGGCAGAUAACACCCCCGUUCCAGAGGCAGCAACUCCAGUGGAGACAACGUCAACCGAUGCAAGCAUUGCUACCUCAACGACUGCCGCAGAUCCCAGCACAGCCAACAGAGAGAACGUCAAUAUAUUCCUAUCCUUAGAAUCACCGAUCUCCUCAGCAGGCGGUAAUCUUUCGCAAGGACAGAAGCAGCUUCUAUGUCUUGCACGUGCAAUCCUGUCGCGCCCGAAAUUGCUCCUCCUCGACGAGGCAACUUCAGCAGUUGACAAGAAGACCGAUACUUUGAUUCAGCGCAGUAUUCGCGAGGAGUUUACCAACACAACCCUCUUGGUUAUUGCGCAUCGAUUAAGUACGGUCAUGGAUUUUGAUCGUAUCUUGGUCAUGAAGGAUGGUGUGGCGGCCGAAUUUGGUAGUCCACGCGAGCUGCUUGGACUUGAUGACGGUGUGUUUAAGGAUAUGGUGGAGCACAGUGGCGAGAAAGAUGAAUUAUCGAAGACUGUUGGAUUGCCAUAGAGUUCUUUAUAAAAUAACAAAAGCGAUGGUUGGUUUUAGAACGGAAAAUUGACUUGCCUGUUUACUGCAAAUAGAUCUCUCUAGGUAAGAAGAACGUAUGCGUUCCAAUUGAUUCAGUAACAGACGAAUAUCAAUGAAGAGAGUCAGCUGACAGUAGGAG